GUCACGAAAGGCCGUAUGUUUGCUAUGAAUUGAUUGCAACAAAACUUAACAUUUGAUUACACUUUGCGGACAAAUCGGCUUUUGGUAGUCAACUGUUUGAUACUAAUAUAUAACAAAUAAGACAAUUGUCGACAAUGAGUGAGUCGUCGGCGGCCAACAAAAUUAAUGCUCAAUCGGUGGUCACAUCGGACACGAGUCCAUCAAUAUUUGAAGUGUUAGCCCAACAGAGUUUGGACACUGGACUCAGGAGAGCCGCUAAUUAUCUGAUUAAUAUUUUGUAUUCAAAUAAUAACCAAAAGUUUUGGUUUCUUUACAAGAACUUCGAUGAACUUUACUUCUUGUUUAGUGUUUGUGUCCAAUGGUCUCAUUUGAAAGCAUUCAACGCCUCUUUUGCCGAACAUUUUUAUAGUCUUAAACGGAUUUCAAACGAUGGCAUUAAUAGUGUCUUAAAAAACAAACACUUUUAUAGUUCAUUAAUUGUUUUGACAUUAUUUCCAUAUUUAAAGACUAAAUUUGAGUCUUUAUACGAAAACCUUAAGUUAAGACAAUUAGAGUCACAAUCCGUUGAUAAUUCACGACAAGAAUUAAAAGAAUUUUUUCUAAAGACAUAUCCAAUGGUUCGUAUAUUCGGCCAAUUAUUUACUUUAUAUUAUGAAAUUAGUUAUACUGUCGGUCAAAAUGGUUAUCACUCACCACUUUUAAGACUAUCAAAUGUAAAACUAAUUAAUUUAGGAGAAGAAGACUUAAAUCAAAUUAAUGACAAUUUGAAUACCAUUGACAACAAUGACAAUUGGUUAUCAUAUUUAUCGAGGCUAUCACUGAAUAGUACCAAAUGUUUGUCAAAAGGUUUCGGAGGGUUUUUAUCUGUCAGCGCUUUUUUCAUACAAUUUCUCGAGUAUUGGUACAAUACUGAUAUGUUUAACCAUAGUUUUGCACCGUUAUCUAUACCACCCGCACCACAAAAAAUGGAGAUUAAUGUGCCCAUUGAAAAAUGUCCCAUUUGUUUAAAUAUGCGACAAAAUGAUACGGCACUUAUGACAUCAGGGUUUGUAUUUUGUUACUCAUGUAUUGUAAAUCAUUUGCGGAUUACUAGCCAAUGUCCGGUCACUGGUUAUCCAUCAACCGCUGAUCAAAUUAUUAAGUUAUAUCCACCCGAACAAUGA